ACGCCCUCCCCGAGAAGGUAAUGAGCACAGCACAACAGGUGUUUGCUUCUCAUUACCCAGCUCUCUCCUGCGUGGUAGAGACAGGAACGACCGCCAGACCCCGGCUGCCACAUCCCUCUCACCCAGGGUGCUCCCUUGGGUGCCCGGUCUCCCUGCCCCCCAGGGGGGGCAAGAUGGCCUGCCAGUCCAGCGUCACCUUCAGUAGCCUCAGCAGCAGCGGCGUAGCCCCAGUAUGGAGCACUGGACCAGGCUCCCUGGGAUGGAAUGGCUGCGGGGAGCCCAGCCCCAGCUUCAGUUCUCGCAGUCUCACCAGCUGUGAGCCAAGAGACGCCUUCCAGAAGGUGAACGUGAACCCCAGCCUCCUGGUGCCUUUGGACAUCAAGGUGGACCCUGCCAUCCAGCAACAGAAGAAUCAGGAGAAAGAGGAGCUGAAGACACUCAAUGACAAGUUUGCCUCUUUGAUUGGGAAGGUUCAGUCCUUGGAGCAGCGGAACCAAUUGCUGCAAACCCGAUGGAGCUUCCUGCAGGAGCAAGAAUCCACCUCGGUUGACUUCAGCCACACAUAUGAGGAGUACCUGAACCGCCUACAGCAGGAGCUGAAGACUGUGAGUCAGGAGCGAAGUCAGCUUGAAGCCAACCUGAUGCAGAUGAUGGGGAAAGUGGAAGAAUACAAGAUGAAAUAUGAAGAAGAGAUUACCAAGCGAACAGACAUGGAGUUCACCUUUGUCCAGUUGAAGAAGGAUCUGGAUGCUGAGUGUCUUCGAAGAACAGAGCUAGAGGCCAAACUCCAAGGACUCCAGAGUUUUGUGGAGUUGAUGAAAACUGUGUAUGAGCAGGAGCUCCAGGACCUGAUGGCCCAGGUGAAGGACGUAUCAGUGACUGUAGGAAUGGACAGUCGCUGCCACAUUGACCUCAGAGGCAUUGUGGAGGAAGUGAAGGCACAAUAUGAUGCCAUUGCUGCCAGAAGUCUGGAGGAGGCCGAAGCAUAUUCCAGAAGCAGACUGGAGGAGAGGGCAGCUCGCUCUGCUGAGUUUGGGAACAGCCUUCAAAACAGCCGAAGCGAGAUCACUGACUUGAACAUCCAGAUUCAGAAGUUAAGGUCCCAAAUCCUCUCUCUCAAGAGCCAUUGUCUGCAUUUGGAAGAGAACAUCAAAGCAGCAGAAGAGCAGGGUGAGUUGGCCUUCCGGGAUGCCCGGGCCAAGCUGACACAGCUAGAGGAGGCCUUGCAAAAAGCCAAAAAGGACAUGGCCAUCCAGUUGCGGGACUACCAGGAGCUGAUGAACGUCAAGCUGGCCCUGGACAUAGAGAUCGCCACCUACAGGAAGCUGGUGGAAGGAGAAGAGUGCAGGAUGGACUCUCCUUCCUCUGCGGUUGUCAGUGCUGUCCAAUCCCGAUCCAGACCCUUUGCCUCCAAAUCAGGCCCCUCAACGAGCCCCUUCCUAAGCAGGAAGAACAGGGGUCCAGUGAUCAAGAUCACAGAGAUGUCAGAGAAGCUCAUCUCUCAGGAAUCGGAGGCCACUCAGUAAGGCAGCUGGCCCCCUGGCCCAGCUAGCCACUCCCACUCAUGGAAGACAGAGGGAAGCAUCAGCCUGCCUACAUUUUUGGUGGGAGGUGUCCAGAGGGGAUUAAUGAUCAUCCCACUACACUUCUCAGCCUCCCAACAGCAACAUUCAUGUCUGGAAUUUCCACCCAGUGGUCAGGGCCAUUUGCCUUGCUUCCUGGACAUGCUAAAUGGACUUCAGGAUCAAUCUUGCCUCUAUUCCUUGUCACCUCUAGGACUUCCUCUGACUCCCUUCCCCCACACACACACUCAGUUUUCAUUUGAGGUUUGGGGAAUCUGAACAACUGAUCUGUCUGGCAUGAUCCCCUGCCCUGGACAUGCCUCUCAAGUCCCCGCCUCAAGGUAGAAUUAAGUGAACAAGUCUCCCAUUGCUCUCUGGUCUGGUCACCUUCAUGCUGCCUGUCCCUCCUCUGGCACCUCCGGGGCAUGGGUGGAGGAAAGGAAGCUUGGGUGCCGCUGAUCAACCAGAUUAGCAGGGAGGAUGAAAGCCCACUAUUUCCUUGCCACCAAUCUUCACUUGCUCCCUAAACCCCUGACAGUAUUAAAAGUAAGCAGGGUGUGGGGAUUCCUGGGGGAGAAAUUAGAUGUUCUUCUGGGUGGAACCAGGGAAUUAGCCUCGAGGCUCCUGGGCCUUGAUAACCCAGCUUAAAUGCCUCAUUAUCCCUCCCUUUCCCUUCUGCCCCAUAUGAGUCCCAUACUCCCAGGGACAUUGCUCAAAUUUAAUAGCCCCCAGGAAAGGAAUAGUCCAUUGGCCUAUUCCUGAGCCAGCUUCCCAUCUCCUCAUCAGGGAAACCUUAUAUUCUUGCCAUUUAGUUAGAGGAGAAGGUUAGAAGAAGCCUUUUCCCAGCUAAUUCCAAGUUCUUGUGGAUGUUGCUAACACUUAAGCCUUACUAUACACUCCUAGAGGAGAGGUAACAGAAUCUCAUCUCACCUUAUUCAGGUGCAGCUGUUAUAGGGCCUGGCCAGGGCCCCUUGUCCUAGAGUCUCUGUGGCCUCACACUCAGAGUUCCUAUCCUCUAACUAUGUACUCUAGCCAAAAAGGCAAAGUUCUUGCAUCUCCAGUGUAGCCACAUUGCCAAGAUUGUCCCCUCCCCAUCCCCCCAAAGGUAGAACCAGAAAUGCCUUGAACCUCCAACUCUUGGUCAUCUACGACUGGAUUUGUUGCCCUGACCCUUCUCCCAGGACUAACAUCUAGCCCUUUGCCUCUAUGCCUUCCUUCCUUCCUGUCUUCCUUCCCAUGGGGCCAUGAAAAAGGCUUAAUUAGAGCCCUUUGGAGCCCUGAGGGUGGAAAACUGUAAGGAUGGGUAGGUAAGGAGUCUUCUUAGCUACUAUCCUCUACAGCCAUGGUAAAGAGGGUAUCCUAUCAGCCCCAAAAUGAAUGUCUUAAAGAGACAUAAAAGAAAAGAUUCAAUAACUAAAACAAGGGUAUUUGGGUCUGUGACCCUAUGAGCUCCUUUCCCCUUUUCCUGGCAGAUUCCAAACUACCCCCUACUGACCUCUUUUUUUCAGUCUGAAAUCUCUCCUCAACCACAGACCCCCACCCUUCCUCCAUCUUCUCCCACCUCAGAGCCCAUCUUUUCCCUUCUCCCCUAAUGCCCCCAGCCCUAGCUCCUCACUCACAUCCCCAAGUCCCACUUCUCAAGGUAGUAGGUGUUUAGACUCUGUCUCUUUCUUUGGUCUUCAUAGCCUUAGGACUCCAAGCUGCUAAGCAGAGUAGAAUGCCAUCCACUACCUGAGUCUCAGGUGAGAAAUCAAGGGGACAUAGACUCACUCACACAAUCUUUGUCUGGGGAGAUGCCCAACCCCCUCCCAACCCCAAACAAAGCCUCUAGCUGCUGUUUUUCAUGCCAUUUAUUGGUCUCUAAGGGUGAAACACAACAAUGGGAUAUGAGAUACAUAGAAAUAUAUAUUAUUUUUUCAUAAGUUAUGUGGCUCUUAACUUAUUGCCUCCCUUCCUCUUUCUGCCUACAACAUCAAUACUCUACACUGUCUUUGUGGACCGCACCUGUCCUAGCCACUGUACCUCAUGGACUGAACUCUCCUAGGACAAUACCCUCUCCUCUGCCUGGUGGGGUGAAUAAAGUGUGCUAAACAUCCUCCAAGAA